CCGUGCCUUGCGUGCCCUUCUCGCUGUCCGGGGCUGCUGCAAAGAGCACCAUGAUCUUCAUUCUCGCCCUGUUCGCCAGCAUCUUCCAAGCGGCGUACACUGGUGUAAAUGAACGCACCUUCCUUGCCAUCAAACCCGACGGGGUGCAGCGGCAUCUUGUGGGCGAGAUCAUCAGGCGGUUUGAGAGGAAGGGCUUCAAACUGGUGGCUAUGAAGCUCCUGCAGGCCUCAGAAGACCUGUUGAAAGAGCAUUACGCGGAACAUCGGGAGCGCCCUUUCUACCGCCGCCUGGUGAAGUACAUGAGCUCUGGCCCCAUUGUGGCCAUGGUCUGGCAAGGACUGGAUGUCGUGAAAACAGCUCGCGCAAUGAUUGGAGAAACCAAUCCUGCGGAUUCCAAGCCUGGGACUAUCCGAGGAGAUUUCUGCAUCGAAGUCGGCAAGAAUGUGGUUCAUGGCAGCGAUUCGGUAGAAAGCGCCCGGCGCGAGAUCGCCCUCUGGUUCCACACUGAUGAAAUUAACUGCUGGGAGGACAGCACAGAGCACUGGAUCUACGAGUAGGAAGGAGUAUUCAGAGGGCUGUUCAUCUGAACCAUCUCACUCGUUCUUUUGCUGUCCUCUGGAAUUUUCCUGGACUUCGUUUUGUUUUUCCCUGGAGUGGAUGAGCGAGAUAGAAAAGGACCUGAAAGAAUGCAUCGCAGCCCUCUACAACAAACACUGAAUCCUCCCUUCCAUCAUAGCCUUUUGGUGCAAGUCACGAGAGAUGCUGCUGCUACAAGGGGGGGAAAAGGAUCCUCUCAUCUGCUUUAGAAUGUGCUCCUUUUAAAGGUGCUGACUCCGCCUCCCCUUUUAAGAAUCUAAAGGCCCUGGUGCUUGUCUCUGGCAUGCCUCCUUUGUUACCUGCACUCUUCAAAAUAAGCCAGAAACUAAAGAGCUAUGCAGUGGAGGGCUUUUGCACAACAAAUGCAAAUAAAGCAUUGUUUUAUUCCCCCCCCCCUUUCUUUUUUAGCAAGAUCAGUACUACUUUCUUUGGCUGCCUUGCCCAAGUUUCUCUUUGGUGGGGAAAGUCUCAUAUAUACUAGUAGCCAAGUGGCCCUGAUCUCUGGAUACUUAAAUCUGGAGACGGAAGCCAUGAAGGGACAAGACAGGUCUUCCUGUGCACCUGAACAAUGCACCAGGUUUGCAGAAAAAUCUGAAAUCUAAAAAAAAAAAUGGUUUAAAAAAACCCAAAAUGAUAAAAAGGAGCACCUGUAGUUUUACCCAGAUGCCUCAGUGGCUUUUGCUAGGCAACCAAGCCAGUAUUCUAGGCUUGGUUUCUGUCAGUAAAAGGCAGGGGGAAGGGGGCAGGGCCCUUUCCAGGGCUGUUUGGGCCGGUGUUCAUUGGAGCCAGGCCCAGGAACAACCAAAGGACAUGGUAGAGGAAGGCAAAAUUAAAUGCUCCCUGCAAGUCCUCCCCUGUAAUAACUGAUCAGGCAGGAUGAAUGCUGCCGUGAUCUUAGUCCUGCUGGCCUAGCAAAAUGGAACUUCCAGUGGGACAAGUGAGGUGGGUGGGAAUCUCACCUGUGCAUGUCUGUCUUAUACUUGGAGGGGAACUGUAUCUAGUAGCAACAAAAGGGACUGGUUAUUCUAAAGUGAGAAAAGGAUGGAUCCUGGCCACAGCUAUCACAGCUAAGAUGACAUGGUGAAACCUUGCCAAGGUUCGAUACGGUUGAUGAGAGGGAGAGGAGUCCCAUGUUUCUGGGCCCCCCUUCCCAAUCAUCCCAACAGCAGCCCGCACACAUCUUCCCAGAAAGGUCUGUUUACAUCUAUAAAUAUGUACAGCAUUUCUUUUUUAAAAAAUGGCUGUGCAAUUUGCUUUUGUAAAAUAAAUUUUUUCAAACUC